AUGGGUAAGAAAAACAAAACAAGGAAUGAAAAUGGCGACGGCACCUUAAAACAAUCCCCCUUGACUCUCUUUGUUUCCAACUUACCCUACUCCUUUACAAACCCUCAGCUUGAGGAAACUUUCAGUGAAGUUGGACCUGUUAGGCGUUGCUUCAUGGUAACACAAAAAGGGUCUACUCAACAUCGCGGUUUUGGUUAUGUCCAAUUUGCUGUUGAGGCAGACGCUAACAGUGCCAUUGAGCUGAAGAACAGUUCAUUGGUUGGUGGCCGAAAAAUUGCAGUGAAGCACGCAAUGCCCCGUCCUCCCCGUGAAAAUAGAAGAUUGAAACCAGAUCAAGAGGGCAAGGACAAUGAUCUCACAGAGUCAAAAAAUGAUGAUAAAGACAGUUUAUUACCUGUAGCAGAGAAGCCUGUUCCAGUUCCAAAGGAAGAAGAAGGGACAGUUUUGAAUAAACAAAAAAACUCAAGGAAGCCUGUGGAAAUAAAAAAAGCAGCUCUUUGUAAUAAUGUAGCAGAUGAGGGGGGUGGCUCAGAAAAGCAGAGGGUUGCUAGAACAGUUAUAUUUGGUGUUCUCAUGAAUUUUGCCAUGGCUGAAGAUGUUCACCGUCAAGCCAAAGAUAUUGGCACUGUGUGCUCUAUUAAGUCUCUCUCUCUCUCGAGUGUUAAAAUUAUAAACCAUACUAUCGGUUAA